CCAUCCCUCGACUGCCACGGUAAUGACUGGCCUUUCUCCUCCCCUGGAGUCAUGGUAGCUCCUUCCCAGCCCGGGUGUGAUGCUGACCUGAAGCUGAUGGGUCUGUGUACACUGGGAGAGGCGGGGCUCCUGGGUAACGCAGCACAGAGAUAGGAAUUGCUUAUGUAACCGGGACAGCAGAUUGACUGGGAGGAGAGCAGGCAGAGGCUGGGGAUGGGAGCAGUCAGCUGUCGGCAGGGGCAACACACCCGGGGGUCUGCUCCUCAAAAGGUACGGGACGGGGCUCUGGCUGCCUGGGCAUGGGAAGUGAUGGAGGGUGGCAACAUCCAGGGUCCUUGGGCCCGAGGCUGGAAGAGCCUCUGGUGUGGUAUGGGGACCAUCAGGUCAGGUCUGGAAGAACUAUGGGAGCUACAGAGGCAUCAGUGCCUGCACCAGGAGCCCCUCCAGCCAGCCCCAGUGCUGGUAGAGAAGCCGUUGUCUGAGUGGCCAGUGCCUCAGUUCAUCAACCUCUUUCUACCAGAGUUUCCCAUGAGGCCUGUUAGGGGGCAGCAGGAGCUAAAGAUUUUAGGCCUUGUGGCUAAAGGCUCUUUUGGAACCGUCCUGAAAGUGCUAGAUUGUGCCCAAAAAGCUGUAUUUGCAGUGAAGGUGGUACCCAAAGUCAAAGUCCUACAGCGGGAUACCCUGAGGCAGUGCAAAGAGGAGGUCAGCAUCCAGCGACAGAUCAACCAUCCUUUUGUACACAGCCUGGGAGACAGCUGGCAGGGGAGGCGACACCUCUUCAUUAUGUGCAGCUACUGCAGCAUGGAUCUCUACUCCCUGUGGUCUGCUGUUGGAGGUUUUCCAGAGACUUCUAUCCGUCUCUUUGCAGCUGAACUGGUCCUUGUGCUGUGCUAUCUCCAUGACAUGGGUAUCAUCCAUCGAGAUGUAAAGAUGGAGAACAUCCUUCUGGAUGAGCGAGGCCACCUGAGACUGACGGACUUCGGUCUGUCUCGCCGUCUGUCCCCGGGAUCUCGAGCCUACACUAUCUGUGGCACUCUUCAAUACAUGGCCCCAGAGGUCCUGCGUGGGGGGCCUUACAACCACACUGCUGACUGGUGGUCCCUGGGAGUGUUGCUUUUCUCUCUGGCAACUGGUAAGUUCCCAGUGGCUGCAGAAAGAGAUCAUGUGAGCAUGUUGGCAAGUGUGACCCACUGUGAAUCUGAGAUGCCAGCCUCUAUGACUCAGGAGCUCGCACUCCUGCUCCAUGAGCUCCUGUGCCAGAGCCCUCUGCACCGUCUCCGUCAUCUGCAUCACUUCCAGGUCCACCCUUUCUUUCGGGGUGUGGCCUUUGACCCUGAGCUCCUAAGGAAGCAGCCAGUGAGCCUUGUCGUGGAGACACGAGAUAGCAGCAGUCCGCUGGAGUCCAUGCCCUUCGAGGACUUUGACUGUGAUCUGGAGUCCUUGGCCCACUCCGUCUCUGCUGAUUCUCUACUGCAGAUGGGGGCCCAGCUGGAAACCUGAGGAUUUCUACUGCCAGCUCAGCAUGACCACCGUGAUGAUCCAGCUUUUUCUUCGUCGUCCUUACUAUCCGGGUGUAGGUAUUGGACCAGAGUUUAAAUGGUUGACAUUCUGGAACUGAUGGCCAAAACUGCCCCUGAUGCUUUCCCGUCACACGACCCACCCCUCCCUUGCAGGCCAAGGCGGUGACCUUUAUUUCAUUUCUGCAGUACUUUUCACCUAAGCUGCCAAACAAAGGCUUCUUAAAACUUUAUCUUAUCCAUGUUUUCUACCAUACUUCCUGUCUUGGGCGAUAAUGACACUUUGUGGGAUCCCGAAGUGCUAUUUAUAUGUUUAACAAGCUAGUCAGAGCAAUAGGAAUGUUUUUUAAAGAUUGCAAAAGCUGGUAUUUCAACACCUGAAUAAAUAAGCAGUUAAAAAAUAUGACCUGCCAGGUGGUAGUGGCCCUGCGCCUUUAAUCCGAGCACUUGGAAGGCAGAGGCAAGUGGACUUCUGAGUUUGAGGUUAUCCUAGUCUACAGAGUGAGUUCCAGGACAGCCAGGGCAGUUACACAGAGAAACUCUGUCUCAAAAAACAGCCCCCCCCCGCCCCCCCGCCCCUAGGAGUUGGAGAGAAGGCUCAUUGCUCUUGCAGAGGACUCAGUUGUUUUUAACCCCUCACAAGUGCCUAUAAAUCCAGCUCCAGGGGAUCCCACACUUCUGGCUUCCUCAGAUGUGAAUACCCACAUACACAUGCAUACCCACACAGACACAUGCAAAUAAUUUAAAAUAAUUUUAUAAAUGCCAGGCAUGA